AUGUAUCAUCCCGAGGAGUGGCAGUCUUCCGGUAGACCGGUCGGACGGAUGUAUCAUCCCGUAAACCGGUCAGGGAGUGGCUGUCCUCCGCUAGACCGGUCGGGACGGAUGUAUCAUCCCGAGGAGUGGCAGUCUUCCGGUAAACCGGUUCUCUUACCUAUCCGAGAUGGCAUCAUGCUGAUCAGAAGAACCGAGGAUGUAGACUGUCAGAUGUCAUUCAGUGAUUCACUGUACUCGCCGAGUUCGAGACUGUCCAGAUCGCUGCACAUGCUCCACACGCUCGUGAAACGUUUGACAAAACAACACCUUUACUGGACAGCCAGAAUGUCAGGCCUUGCAUUUCCACCAGUGGACAUUAAUUACCGCUACUAUCAGCCCUAUUAUCGACGUCUGAUUGCCUUGAAGAAUCACGAAAGUUACACAGAUUGGCCGCAAGAUGUGAAAGAUGGAUUUGAUCACGUUAUAAAACUCAUUGAUGCCCGAGAUAAUUACGUCGAGACGAUGUGUUCAAAACACGGAAAAGUAUUGGCGGGAAUCAGCGAGUUCACGAAAACUGCCGAUUGGGCUGAGUUACAUAAAAGUGGCAAAACUAAAUAUUUAUUGCCAUCUGUUAUGUUAACAGGUCACGUUGAAGGUUUAUUUUUGAAGUUCCUAGUGAGCAUGCAACAAGCAAAGUAUGUUCUCGAUAUUGGAAUGUUUACCGGAUACAGCGCCCUGUCGAUGGCGGAAGCGCUUCCUGCCGACGGUAAAGUGUUCACGUGUGACCGGGAACUAUAUCUUGCUGAACUCAACCGGAAGGUGUUUGAUUCGUCACCUCACGGGAAGAAGAUAGAGAUUCGUCUAGGAGAUGUAGGAGAUACUCUGAACGCACUGGAGAAAGAUGGCAUACAGAUCAACUUCGUGUUCCUGGAUGCUGGCCAGGAACAAUAUGACACGUAUCUUGAUCUUCUUCUUGACAAGAAACUUCUCGCCCCACGAGGGACGAUCGCCGUCGACAACAGCCUCUGGUUUGGACGAUCGUACCUCCUCGACGACGACAGCAUGGCAAGAUUCAACAAGAAGGUUAAGGAUGACCCGAGAGUACAGGAGGUCCUCUUGCCAGUUCGAGAUGGCAUCAUGCUGAUCAGAAGAACUGAAGAUGUAGACGGCCAGGUGUAAAUCAGAGAGACGGACGGAUGGACACAUACAUACAGAGACGCAGGAAGAGAGAGAGAGAGAGAGAGAGAGAGAGAGAGAGAGAGAGAGAGAGAGAGAGAGAGAGAGAGAGAGAGAGAGUAAUGAUUUAUUAAAACCUAUAUAGUACGGUAACAAUAAAAUCGUCUUUUGAGGUAUGUAACAGCGCCAAAUCACAUUUAGGUACAUGGGACUCUUGUUAUGUUAGAAACAUCACUUAACUUUCAAUUCAAAUAAUGAAACAAAUUAUUCUGUGUAUACGCGACCUAUUUAGUAUUUUGUUCUUCAUUUCUGUGAAAAUAGUUAUAACGUGGACACUACUAUUAUUGAUUAGGGUAUUAAAGCGUUAUUAUCUAGUGUUAAGUAUAUUUGAAAUAAACCAUAUUUUUGAGAA